AUGUGUCAUUUCUUCACCCAGCCUGCCACUCACUGGACCCCCAGGGCUUCCCAGGGUGGGCUGGAGUCAGGAAUCAGCAUGAGGGUUCAUCCUCCCAGGGAAGACCCCAGCCCAGCCAGGGCAGGUAGGCAGCCCCGUGCUGAGACCUGAGGUUGGCUAAGGCCGGUGGGGUGGGGGUCGGUAUCUGAGGCCUGGGGAGCUGGACUGUAGGAGCAGAUCCGGGGCAGGACAGGGUAGGGCUGUGGGGAAAGGGAGGGGGCUUUGGUGCCCAACUAGGAGCUGGGGGGGUUGGUUACUGGAAGACCUCUCCAUGCUAGAGACUCGAGGCGGGCUGGGGAUGAAGUGCCAGAUGGAGGGGCUCCGGGAUUCCCCCCGGGCGGGGGCAGGCUCGGUGGGACACCUCAAGCUUCCCCAGCCAAGGAGAGGCCUGGGUGUCCCCUGCCACUGCUGCUGCCAGCUCUGUGGGACCCUGUACCCCUGGGCUCCACCCAUCUGGCUCCCUGUCGGCCCUGGCAUCUGUCACGGCACGGACUAGGCCUGGGCCUUGGGGACCCAGCUCCCGCCCCUGCAGUCCUGGGAAAGGAGAGGAGGGCUCGGGGCCUGCCUGCACUAGAGCUGGUGAAGGUGAGGGAGCAGGGACUGGCUCAGCUCUGGGCACCUGGCCAGGGUCCUGGGCUGGCCCUGCCUCUGUGUGAGCAGGCUCGUCAGGUCUCCACCGGCUUUGGCUCCGGAGGAGCCACUCAGGAGAGAGGUUUGAGGCCCUGCAGGAUAGAGGGCGGGGCCUGGGCUUCUCCCACCUGGGUGAGGGACACAAGCAGGCCAGGACGAGGGGGAAUGCCGACUGUCCAGGGUGCUUCCCGGAGCACUUCUGCCUGCCCAGGUAUUUGGCCAGACCAGCUCUUCUGGCUCCCCUGGACCAGGCUGGGCAGUGGCCGCUGCGCUGCUGGGUGAGGGUGACAGCGGGGAUUUGGGGCAGAGGCCCGGUCAGGCCAGCCCUGGGGAGCAGGAGGCUUGGAGAGAGACACAGACUCCGCCCGCCGCCGCCACACACACAUCAGGACACGCACCAGGCCCCAGGUACCCACAGGUCACCACUUCUGAGCUUUGCACUUCCUCAGUGCCAGGACCCAGACACUCCCCCACACACCGUGAUCCAUCCAGUGACGUCAGUCACCUGCAAGGGCACCUGGGAGGCACAGGGCAGCUCCUCUUGCUUCCGGCUCCCCCCCAGGGCUGCUCCGAAUCAUCCCCAUGCCCGGGAUGUCCGGCCGGGUCAGGAUGCAGAGAGGAGAGCCCAGCCCCCGGCCGCAAGCGCAGCCUGGCCCUGACUGCUUCUUUAGGGCUGAAUCAGGCGAGGCCUCAGCUCAGGGCUGGGCCCAGACUUCUAAAACCUGCUGGGGCCUCCUCAGAGCUGUCUACACCUGCCCAGGAUUCCCUGCCCAGACGGGUCGGAAGUCAGGGUCAGGGACCCUUCCCCCCCUCCCCUUGCAGAUCCACUGUCUCCCAGGGACCUUGCCCUUUUCCCAGGUCCUGGUGGGCAGAGCCUAGGCUGGCCACUCACCAACAACAGUCUGGGCGGGAAGACCCUUCAAAAGCCCCCGCGGGCACCACACCUGGGGACACCCCCGUGUGGCUCCCCGACCUCCCGCCCCCACAGAGCAUGCACACGCACAUGCACCCACACGCUGCCACGCCUGUCCCUGGGCCCGCCUGCCUGGGGCCUGCUUCUAGGUCAGGCCUGGGCACGGCUUCUGGGAGGACCAGUGCCAGGUGCUGCAGGCUGAGCCCGGCUGAGCAGCUCAGUGUGUGCGGCGGCCAUGGCUGGGGGCGCGUGGGACUGGGCCCAGGGGGCUCCCGUGGGAGCCCUAACCCUGACGGCUCUGGCUGAAGGGAUCCGGGCCAGCCAGGGGCAGCCCCCGGGACCCCCUUCCACCGGCCCUCAGCCCGAACCUGAGCUUGAACGCGGGGUAGAGCCUGGGCAGGCAGCCGCCAUUUCCCCAGCUGGCAGUGAACCCUUCUCCCAGCCUCCUGCCCAGGAGCCAGCCCCUGAGGGACCCGGUCUUCGUCUGACUCCCCAGAGUUCCUUGGAAGAGGGGGCCCUCGCAGACCUGGCGUCGUACACGGCUGCCUGUCUGGACGAGGCUGGCUUUGCGGGAACGCGGGUGACAGCACUCACCCUGUCCUCAGCCCUGGAGGCCCGGGGGGAGCGGCUGGAGGACCAGGUGCGCGGCCUUGUGCGAGGGCUGCUGGCACAGGUGCCCAGCCUGGCGGAGUGGAGGCCCCAGCGGGCGGCCCUGCAGGUGCUGAGCGCACUGGCCCUGGAGCACCCUCGGGGCGUGGUGUGUCCACUGCUGCCGCACUCACUGCCCCCGGCCCGGGCGGCAGCCGGGCUUUGGCGUGGCCUGAGCCAGAACCAGCGCGUGAAUGGGCAGGUGCUGGUGCAGCUGCUCUGGGUGCUAAAGGGCUCAGCCAGAUUCCAGCUGGAGGCACUGGCGGCCACUCGUGCCCUCGGGGAGAUGCUGGCUGUGUCCGGCUGCGUGGGUGCCACAUGGGGCUUCUACCCGCAUCUUCUCCUUGUGCUGGUCACACAGCUACAUGAGCUGGCCCGGGACCCAUGCCCCACUGACAUCCCCAAGGUUUGGGCCCCAUCCCACCAAGGGCUACCGUACAGCCACGCCAGCUGCACAGGAGAGGCCUUGAAGGCCCUGUUCACUGGGGAUGCCUGCUGCAUGGUGGUCACGUGCAUGGAGCAGGCUGGAGGCUGGAGAAGACUGGUGGGAGCCCACACCCACCUGGAGGGUGUCCUGCUGCUGGCCAGUGCCAUGGUGGCGCACGCCGACCACCACCUGCGAGGCCUGUUCGCGGACUUGCUGCCCCAGCUGCGCAGCGCGGAAGACGCACAGCGCCUCACGGCUAUGGCCUUCUUCACCGGACUGUUGCAGAGCCGGCCCACCACACGGCUUCUGCGGGAGGAGGUCAUCCUGGAGCGGCUCUGCGCUUGGCAGGGCGAUCCCGAGCCCACCGUGCACUGGCUGGGCCUGCUGGGCCUCGGCCACCUGGCACGAAGGAAGGUGCGUCACGUGAGCACGCUGCUGCCCGCGCUCCUGGGCGCCCUGGGCGAGGGUGACGCGCGGCUCGUGGGCGCCGCACUGGGGACGCUGCGGAGGGUCCUGAUGCGGCCGCGGGCGCCGGUGCGGCUCGUGGGCGCGGAGCUGGGACCGCUCCUCCCACCGCUUCUGGAAGACGCCCGGGACUCGGUCCGCGCCUCGGCGGUCGGGCUCCUCGGGACGCUGGUGCGGCGCGGCCGGGGAGGGCUCCGGGUGGGGCUCCGGGUGGGGCUCGGCGGCCCCCUGCGGAAGCAGGUGCUGCAUCUCGUGCCGCUGCUGUUGCGACUGUAUGACCCCAGCCGGGACACCAAUGAGAGCUCAGAGUGGACCCUGACCCUCUGUGACCAGGCCCUGCGCUGGGUCCUACUGGAGGAGAUGGUCACCGUGGCCCACUGCAACAGCCCUGAGGCCCUAAGCCGCAUCUGCCACCGCCUGGUUCAGUGGUACCCAAGUCACAUGCCCCGCUUCCUGAGCCAGACCCAGGGCUACCUGCGGAGCCCACAGGACUCCCUGCGCUGGGCAGCUGUUGUGCUCAUGGGCUUCCUGGUCCAUCACUCAAGCCCGAGCCGCAUCAACCAGGACCUGCUAGACAAUCUGUUCCAGGACCUGGGGCAGCUGCAGAGUGACCCUGCGCCCACUGUGGUGGCAGCGGCACAAGCGUCCACCCAGCAGGUGGUGCUGCUGGCUCAGGCACAGCACCCUCCCUGCCUGGGCCGGUGCCACUCCCACCCUGCCCGGCCCCCACCAGUCUACAGAGACAGCCCGUUCCAGCACCACCGGAGCCCUGCUGGCCCCUGGGGCUGCUUAGGACCAGGCUGAGCCCGACUGGCCCGCCUUCCGGGUGGGAGCCAGGGUGCUGUCUGGCACCCCACCGCUCUGUGGCCAGUCUUGGCAGGGGCAGAUCUGCAGAAGAGGCCCCCCCUUGAGGGGCACCCUGGGCUCGGUGCUGGGCACCAAUGCCUGCCCCCCGGAGCCAUGCAAGGCCUGUUGCCCACAAAGACCCCUCUCCGGGAGCUCACCCCCCGAGACAGCCCUACGACCUAGACGGGGCACGCACCUUCUGACGGAGCACCAUUUCACCCUCAGCCUCUUGCCUCGUACACCCCUGGGUCCAUCUGUCCCCCCUCAGCCCCCUGCCUGGAUGACACCUGACCUCCCGGGCCGAGGCCUGGUGGGGGCCACUGUGAAGCUGGCACAGCCCUGGGAGCCGGCGCCGUGAUAGGCCGCCCUCUGCCUGGGCCCUCCCGGCCACCCCAGCAGCCCAUCACCCCUCGUCACAUGCUCCACUCCUGGCUGGCCAUGUCCUGGCCUGAGGUUCUGAGGUUCCUGGCCAAGAAGCACUGAUCUGUCCUCCUGUCCACACCCGCUGCCCCACAGCCUGGCCCCGUUCCUGCCCCUCCCCCGCACUUACCGUGUCAGACCCCACCUGGGCCUUCUCCGGAAGCUGUCCCCGACCUCCCCACUGGACAGCACGGGCCUGAGAUGACACCUGCGGGCUCAGGUGUGGGCUGCCAGCAUUCGCACCCCACUAGACUGAGCUGUCGCGCCAGCACCCCAGCACCCUGCUCAGGGGUGAAUGGAGGCGUGACUGGACGUGUGGGGAAGAGGCCCCUCAGGACGGCUCCGAGGCCAUGACCCAAUCCAUCCAAACCCUGGAUGGGCAGCUUCCUCCACCUGGAGUGCCCACCUUGAGGUGUCCUCUUGCCCUUUCAGGGCCCCCCCAAUGCUGCCUCCUCCUCAGAGGAGGCCUCAACUCACACAGCCUCUUGGAGGCUGGGGUCCUGCCCAUCCCUGUGGAAAGCGUUUAAAAUAAACACACAGAUCCUA